AACUGUUUUGGGUUGUUCUCGCGAGCGAGGGAACAAUACAGCAGCAAGCAAUCUUUCUCUUCCCGCUGAGUAAAAAGAGUGCCAUCGUUCUGUUCUGUUCGACUUUGAGAAAGACGAAGACCCUCCCUCUCUCCUUUUCAUCACAUCUGCUCGUUGUCUUGUCCCAACCCAAGGCUGACGAUGACUCAAUUUAACACAUCGAGCUCCGAAUUAGACUUCGAUAGGCCAAACAUUGAAGAUUAUCUCCCCUCAGGAUCCAUCCAAGAACCUCGUGGCAAGAUUCGCUUAUGUGAUCUACUUGACAUUUCACCAACUCUGAGAGAGGCGGCCGGUGCUAUUGUUGACGACUCUUUCACUCGUUGUUUCAAGUCAAUUCCUGUUGAACCUUGGAACUGGAAUGUGUAUUUGUUUCCACUCUGGUGUUUGGGGGUGGUUGUUAGAUAUCUGAUUCUUUUUCCAGCGAGGGUUCUAGUACUGACAGUGGGAUGGAUAAUAUUUCUUUCAGCCUACUUUUUGGUGCAUUUUGUGUUGAAAGGGAAUGAUAAGUUGAGGAAAAAGCUGGAGAGGUGUUUGGUGGAGUUAAUUUGCAGCUUUUUUGUUGCAUCAUGGACGGGGGUUAUCAAGUACCAUGGACCACGACCUAGCAUGCGGCCUAAGCAGGUCUUUGUGGCGAAUCACACUUCUAUGAUUGACUUCAUUAUUCUAGAGCAGAUGACUGCAUUUGCUGUGAUUAUGCAGAAGCAUCCUGGGUGGGUUGGACUGUUGCAAAGCACUGUUUUGGAGAGUGUUGGAUGCAUCUGGUUCAAUCGCUCGGAGGCAAAGGAUCGUGAAAUAGUUGCAAGAAAGUUGAGAGACCAUGUUCACGGAGCUGAUAAUAAUCCUCUUCUUAUAUUCCCUGAAGGAACCUGUGUAAAUAAUCACUAUAGUGUCAUGUUCAAAAAGGGUGCCUUUGAACUUGGCUGCACUGUUUGCCCAAUUGCAAUCAAGUAUAACAAAAUUUUUGUGGAUGCCUUUUGGAACAGUAGAAAGCAAUCCUUCACAAGGCAUCUACUGCAGCUUAUGACGUCGUGGGCUGUUGUUUGUGAUGUGUGGUACUUGGAGCCUCAAAAUCUAAAGCCUGGAGAGACACCCAUUGAAUUUGCAGAAAGGGUUAGGGACGUGAUUUCAGUUCGAGCAGGUCUCAAAAUGGUUCCGUGGGAUGGAUAUUUAAAAUACUCUCGCCCUAGCCCCAAGCAUAGGGAGAGGAAGCAACAAAGCUUUGCAGAGUUAGUGAUGGCGGUGCCUGGAGGAAAAAUAAAAUAGAUUGGUGGUUGUUUUUGUACGUGUUCCUGUCCUAGCUAGUAUCCCUUUUCCCCCUUUUCAAGUAUGGGUGUGGCUAUCCAGGGACAAGCUUAAUGCUAGUAGUAUAUUGUACUUGAACUUAAUGCUAUAUUGUACGAGCUUGCAUGCUCGGUUUUGAUGGUGCUGGUUUUUUGAUUAAUUCAAAUCUUUCUUUAAUUUCUGGAUGGAAAAAAGAUGCAAUAAGUAGUAGUAGGAGUAUAUUGUGUAUGGGAAACGACGAGACAUAUCCUGUGGGUGUACUGUGGCUAUGGGGUAAGUACUCCCAUCAUAUUAUAAAUUAAAUAUGAGGACUCUUUCAUUCA